UUGAGUAAAAUCAAAUCAAAUAUGGCUGACAUUAGGUGGCAUUAGCAUCAGCAAUAAAAAGUUGGCUAAUAUUUUGUUACGGUAGUAGAUACGGAAAAUAUAUUUAUUGGAAUAAUCAAACGUGUAACUAUCAACAAUUCAAUUGUAUUGCUCAGAAGUUCAGUAUUUAUAAGAGUUUUGUUGUGGCAUCGUUAUUCUAAGCAAAGAUGUACGACGAUAGACGUGGUGGUCGUGGUGGAAGUCGUGGAGGUAGCCGUGGAAGCCGAGGUGGCGGAAGAGGUGGUUCUCGAGGAGGACGAUCGAGUGAUCGGUCCCAAGAGAGAGGAAGCAGUCGCUUCGGUAGCAGCAGCCGUGGCAGGGACAGCGGCCGCGGCGGACGAGAUAGCAGCCGAGGCUUCGGAGGACGCGGCGGCCGAGAUGAUUUCCGCGGAAAUUUUAAUAAGAAUGACCAGCCCGGGGGUAACCUUAGGAAAAUCCGCUGGGAUACAAUUACGCUAACUCCAUUCCAGAAAAACUUUUAUGUGCCUCAUCAAAACGUCCAGUCGCGUAGUCAAGCGGAAAUAGAAGCAUAUCGUAGCCAAAACCAAAUUACUGUGAAAGGACGCGAUGUUCCCGCCCCGAGUAUGUACUUUGAGGAAGGUGGCUUCCCAGACUAUGCUAUGAAGGAAAUAUUGAAACAAGGGUUUCCCCACCCAACCCCUAUUCAAGCUCAAGGCUGGCCUAUUGCAUUGUCUGGAAGAGAUUUAGUAGGAAUUGCUCAAACAGGUUCGGGAAAAACCUUAGCCUACAUAUUGCCUGCUAUUGUGCAUAUCAUAAAUCAACCUCGCUUACUGAGAGAUGAGGGGCCUAUUGUUUUGGUUUUGGCUCCAACUAGGGAACUGGCUCAACAGAUUCAACAGGCGUUGAUCUCAAUGAAUGGAAUCGCUGCGGAGAUGACGGACAAUCCGAGCGAACUGGAAAUAGUGGCCAAUGAUUUCGGCCAGAGUGUACAAGUCCGCAACACUUGCAUAUUCGGAGGUGCGCCCAAGGGACCUCAGGGCCGCUGCCUCGAACGUGGAGUCGAGAUUGUCAUCGCGACACCAGGACGACUUAUUGAUUUCUUGGAGAGAGAAACAACAAAUCUCCGGCGGUGCACGUAUCUGGUGCUCGAUGAGGCCGACCGGAUGCUGGACAUGGGUUUCGAGCCUCAGAUUCGUAAGAUUAUCGAGCAGAUUCGACCAGACAGACAGGUUCUGAUGUGGUCAGCUACCUGGCCUAAAGAAGUGCAGAACUUAGCUGAGGAGUUCCUGCAUGACUACAUUCAGAUAAACAUUGGUUCUCUGAGCCUGUCUGCCAACCACAACAUCCUGCAGAUUGUGGACGUGUGCGAGGAGUGGGAGAAAAAUGAUAAGCUUGUCACACUGCUCACUGAGAUAUCCUCUGAAGAAGAGACAAAGACCAUCAUAUUUGCUGAGACCAAAAGACGGGUCGAUGAGAUAACGAAAGCAAUCAACCGCGCUGGUUGGCGCGCGCUCGCCAUCCACGGCGACAAGAACCAGCAGGACAGGGACUAUGUGCUCAAUCAGUUCCGUAUGUCCACCGGAGGCAUCCUCGUCGCCACCGACGUGGCAGCGCGCGGCCUCGAUGUGGAAGACGUGAAGUUCGUGAUAAACUAUGAUUAUCCGAACAACUCUGAGGACUAUGUGCAUCGUAUCGGUCGCACGGGUCGCUCGCACAACACCGGCACUGCUUACACUCUCUUCACACCUAAUAACUCUGCUAAGGCUAAGGAUCUGAUGUGUGUCUUACAAGAGGCUAAUCAAGUGGUGAACCCCAAGCUCAUGGAGCUGGCGCAGUGUGGCAUGGGAUUCAAGGGCAAAUACGGACGUAACCGUUACCGUGACAGAGACGACAGCCAGGGACGGUUCGACCGCGGGGGCCGCGGCCGCGGCGGACGGGACGGGGGACGGGGUCGCGACGGGGGACGGGGCGGGAGGGGACGCUUCGGAGGGGAGAGGAAUUCCAGAUGGGACGACUCGAACAACGAUUACGACAACAACCAAGGAUCAUACAAUACUCGUUCAAGCUACAGCCGAGACAGCAGUAGAGACAACUUUAGACAGGAUAAUGGGUUCCGCGGCAGAGGGCGCGGCCGCGGCGGCAGUGACGCGCAGUCGUUCCAGGCCCCGUCCGGCGGCGGGUUCAACAACUUCAGCCAGUCGCAGCAAGCCUUCAACGUGCCGCCGCCCACCAGCUACUACAACAUGUACGCGCAGCCCCCGCCGCCGCCCGCCUCCAAGUUCCCCGCGAAAUAGAUAUUUUAGUUAGUCUAAGGUCGACUGGAUGUGAUGUGAAAUGAUGUUCAUAGGGUUAAUUGUGGGUGUUUCACAUUUCAUUGAUUAUACAGUGUGGUGCCUGAUGGUUAUUGACGGCUGCUCUACAAACACAUGUCGGUCAUUCACAUUGCAUAAAUCAUUGAUAUGAACUUGAACACCCUUAGCUUGUAGGUUUGAAAUGAUAACACCAAAAUGGUCCCUCCUAAUUGGUAACUUAAGAGAAACGAAUAGCUUUGUUUCACUCGCGUCUAGUUGUAAUAUUAUUUACAAUAGAUUUUUAUUUAAGUUUCUGUGAAAGUAUGGCUUGUAAUCGAACCUAUAAGGUUUUUAGAGUCGUAUCAUAUCGUAUUUAGAGCAGGCAACAGAUUGUAUACGUUUUCCUUUGGAACAAUACGGCAGUACAUAAGCAAAGGCCUUAUUUACAACAUGUAUUAUAUUUUUAUUUUAAAUGCAAAUAAUUAAGUAUGGUUUACUUGAGCUUCAAAAUUUUUAUAUUUAUGACAUUUACCUUGUUGUUAGAUGUUAUUCUCGUUAUAAAUCAGUACAAGAAUUUAUGCAGUUAGAAACUUGUGUGCAACUUUGUGAAGUGUCUUAUAAUAAUAUAUGAUAUAUGUAUAGCAUAGUAGUUAAAAAUGAAACUUUGAUCACCACAACUCAAACUUUAGCAAACUAAUACAAUUUCCAAAUAUGUAACAUUCCUGUCUUGUUUUUCAACUCCACUACAGCACUGUACCGAGUUUUAUUUACUAUUUGCAGAGAAUAAAUGUUUCAAAUCAAAUUGA